CACAACGGAAGUAAGUCUCAGAUAGCUCAGACAGUCAUGGCGAGCAGCCGAGCCACGGGCACAGCGAUAAUGUUACAGACGAAACACCGCUCCUGGAUUUACUGUUUAAUCGUCCUCGUACAUUUAACGUCGCUGCCGGUUUUGGCCAAGCCGGACAGCCUGAAAGAAGUCACGGACGGAAACUGGGAGGAAAUCCUGACUGGAGAAUGGAUGAUUGAAUUCUACGCACCCUGGUGUCCAGCAUGUCAGCAGCUGCAGCCGGUGUGGAAGGAGUUUGCAGACUGGGGGGAGGACAUGGGGGUCAACAUAGCCAAGGUGGACGUGACCGAGCAACCCGGUCUGAGUGGACGAUUCAUCAUAACUUCACUUCCUACCAUUUACCACUGUAAGGAUGGCGUCUUCCGGAAGUACCAGGGAGCUCGCACUAAAGACGACUUCCUCACCUUUAUUCAUGACCAGAAAUGGAAAGCAGUGGAGCCAGUUUCAUCUUGGUUCGGGCCGUCCUCAUUUUUAAUGAAUUCAAUGUCGGCUUUGUUCAAGCUCUCCAUGUUUAUCCGGCGUUGUCAUAAUUACAUGACGGAGCAACUGGGGAUUCCUGUUUGGGGAUCGUAUGUUAUCUUUGGUUUGGCCACUCUGUUCUCUGGCCUCGCGCUGGGACUGCUACUGGUGUUCAUUGCAGAUUUUGUUUUCCCCUCUCGACGAUUUUCUUCUCCUGAUUACUACCAGAAGAAACAGACAAUGGAGCAGGCGAGGUUAAUCCAACAACAAGAGGAGGAGCAUGAGGCCGAUGGCGAGGAAGACGACGACGAAGACGAGGAAGAGGAGGACAGGGACCGGGAUGAGGUCUGGAGGAGAAGAAGAGGGUCCCCCGAGGGCCGCCCCGAACCCAAGGGACAGGGCUUCUCCGACGAAGCUCUGAGGAAGAGGGUGCUGCGCAACCGUGAGGAGGAGGAGGAGGACACUUAAAGUGUCGGUGUGGAGCGUCACAUGGCCCCUCGCUCCUUAAAGAGCGCCGUGGAGUCAGCAGAGUUGGAGGAGCCUUGGUCCUGAGCAACAGUGUUUACAGCAGGGAGCCCAAACCUCCCCCCUUAACCUCCCCUCCUACUCCUCCUCCGGGCCUCCAGAAACACCUCGCUUCUUUUCUUCUCCUUCCCUCGUCUUUUAACGGGAGCGCUUUAGACUCUCACCACCGCUCUCUCCGCCUGAGCAGCAGGCUCCACCUGGAAAAAGCAAAAACACUCCCGACACCUGUUUUCACUUGUGGAAACAAAUCGCCUGGCUGAGGUUUGGGUAUGAAGUGCAGUGGAGCUGGAUUUUGCGACGUUGUUUAUGCUAUGCAUCGUUUUUUAAAGAUUUGUGUGUUGUUAUGUGUUUAUCUCAGAAUUAUUAUUAUACCAGGCUUAUGUUUGAGGUUUAUGUUGUUGAAUGUUUCCCUUCAGCUAAUGUAUACAUACAGUGAUUUUUACGUUGCAUAUAUUUUACAAGCAGCUCAACUCAACAUAACAGUGUUCACGUACAGGUCCACACACAGUGAAUAAUGGAGACAAAUAAAAGGAAAUAUCUUCUAAAUGUUAUAAUAUUUACGAUUUUGAACUUAACAGCCACUGGUGUAGCUGUUUACAGUGCAGUCAAACAGAGUCACACUGUUUUAAUAAAGUGGUGUUUUCACAAUAAAAGCCACGCUGUGUUUCACCAGGAGCAUGCCUUCACUUUAGUGCAGCUGUAGGAAACGCUCUGAUUGUAUUAGCAGUAACACCGCUCUCAUACGGCUGCAGGACGUCCCAAUCAAUGAUAUUUGCCUGUGUCAGUACUGAAAGAAGUUUCUGAUCCAGUCUGUAGACUAUAAAGGUGAUGCUACAGUUUGUCAUCUGGUUGUGAGAUAAUUUAUGAAUAUGGUGAUAAAACAUAGCAACUAGAAUAAUAACUUCUCCAGAUGGUGCAUUAUUGUCUCAAUUAGCCAAGCAAGCACAUCCUCCCAUGAAUUUGUCCUUUGUUUGGACACAUAUUCACAAUGUGACCACAUUAAACAUUAAACUAUGAGGCUGAUAGCAGCGAAACCUGUAAAAAUAGUAACACUAGAUUAAAUGAAAUGGGUGUCUUAGUCAUAAAUAAUGAGAUAAUUACUGAAUAUAAACACAUUUAAUUGCAACUACUAAACAAAAUACUGACCAUAAAUAUUAAAAACAGGGUUUGAUUACAUGAAAAUCUUAUGGAUUAUAACUUUAACAUUGGAUAGAGAUGUUUCAGUCUCAGCCCAGUUGUAUUCCUCAGUCUGUAAAGUGCAUCCUUUCGGUGAAGGUACUUAAGACUUUUGGGGGCAGGAACCCCUUUUACAGCAUCUGUGAUUUGCUCAGCAAUCACACCAAAACUGUCAGUUUGCUGAAAGCUAGACAAACCUUUGGUAGAUUUAAAAACAAACCAUAUUCACUCCAAUGAAAGGGCCUGGUGAAUGUUGUUCUGUAGAUACUGUAUGUCCCCUUACUGUAUCAUAUUAUCAUCCAUUAUUGAUUAUCAACAGCCUGAUAAUCGACCAGUGGGAUGGGUUUAUUUUUUGUUUUGUUUUCUUGUGUUGUCGACCUCUCAGUAGGUCUGCAGUGCAGCAUAUGCAUGCCAUAAUUUAAUUAAAGAGAUGAACAAUUUAGAAACUGCGGCUUCCUUUUAUAAAUCAUUGUAUAUUGAGAGAGACGAGGCAUAUCCGUCCUGACUCUGCUCUGAUGUGGAGCAGUAAGAGGACCUGACUGAAGCUGUCUGUCUGACAAAAGGAAGCGUGAUUCAGCCUUCUGUAACCUUUUUUAAACCACUUUAAAUUGGACUAAUUAAACACAAACCUGAUGUUAAUCUCUCUAAACGAGUGUCAUUUUGUUUACCUUGAUUUCUCACUGAAAUCAUGAACACAAUGGCACUUUAACGCAUCUGUUUCAAACGUCAUCACACAUUAGCACAGCCUGUAUCCAUUUCAGUUUUGUAAAGCAACAAAGGAGCAUUAUGUGAGUGUGUAUGAUCAGUGUUUUUAAUACACAUUUCAUGAUAGACUUUGAUUUUAAUGCUGUUUUUUAUUCUGAAUUUAAAAAGCUGAUUACUCCUUUUGGUGAUGGUUAAAACAGGUUGUAAUUUUUUACCCGACCACUAUUUACGGCUUGUAGCAUUCACACUUUACUCUGAGCCAGAUGUGCUCCAUAUUGUUUGAACAUUUCUUUGAAUAAAGGGUUAACUCAG